AUGAGCAACCAAAAUAUGGUUGAUUUAAACUCAAGACAUCCUCCUCCAUCAUUGAACUUUGCAUAUCUUCUUCAAGUUCAACAACAAUCUACUUGUAGAAUAAAAACACAACAACUCCAACCUAACAAAACCACUUCAUCACUUCAAUUAAACCAAUCAACAAAAACAAUGAGAAGACCAUUACCUCCUCUACCAAUACAAGAAACAAAGACAAGAAGUACAGAAACACUUUCUUCUGAAACUAAUAACUUAGCUUCUAUUCAACUGAUAAAACAUACAAAAUCUUACAAUCAGAAAUCAGUAGAAACACAAGAAGAGACAUUAAAACAAAUUGAAACACUUUAUGAAGAAAAGAAAAGAUUAGAAGCAGAAAAUGAACAAUUAAAAAAAGAACAAGAACAAUUAAAAGAUGUUAAAGAAAAGAAGAUAAAAGAAAAAAGAACCGAGAAAAAGAAAGAUAUGAAGAUAAAGGAAAGUCCUAUUAUCUCAACAACAUAUUCUAAAGUAGUUGAAAGUUAUCAUAAGGAUCUUCAGUGUCAUCCAAUUAAUAGAAAAGUUAAAUCAAUAUCAUGUAUUCCAUUACAACCAAAUAGAAACCAAAGAAGAAGUGAAGAAAAAGAAAUUAAAAGAGAUGAUAUUAUUUUCUUUGAUAAAUUGAAAGAAGAACUUAAAGAUUCUGCUGAUAAGAUAAAUAAAAUAGAAUCUGUUAUUAAAGAACAAGCAAUUCAUUGUAUUGUACAUAGAUUACGUGCUGUUGAACAGAUGUUAGUUUUAUUAAAAACAAGAAGGUUGAGUGGUAAUAUUCUAAACGACUGCAAAGUUGUAAUUGAAGAUGGAUGGCAGAAUUAUAUUGUGAUGAGUGAAGAAUCAACUAUGUAUUUGGGAAGGGCAAUGAUGAUUGUUUAUGAAAUGUGUAUCAACAAUAAAGAAAUAAUGGAAGAAUACUUCAAACGUAUUCAAGGAACAAUUAUCAGUGAAGAAGAAAUUAUGUUAUGUGAAAUGUGUGUAAACAAUGAGGGAUUGAAAUAUGUUAGAAACAAUGGUAUCAAAGAAUAUGAAGAAUCAAAGAAGAAAAUAAAAGAAUUAGAAGAAUUAAAUCAAACAUGUGGAGGUAAUUGGGAUAUCAAUUUAAAGAGGGGAGUUCUUGGAUGGGGAAGAAAGAUUAUGAAAAAAGAAAAGAUUAAAGGAUAUAUUGGAGAAUGGAAAGAGAUGGAAUUGAUAUUAACAAAUGAUUUAAUGAUAAUUAUAUACCAAAAACAGAUUGAGUACAUAAGUCUUUAUAUUGAUUGUAAUAUCAUUGAAUACGAUAUUGAUAAUGAUGUGUAUCAACUUGAAGAUAAAGAACAAGGAAUUUACUAUAUCAAAGACAAUGAAAUAAAAAACUUAAAAGAAGAUAUUAAUUCCUAUCUAAGAAUAACAGAUGAUAUUUAUCAAUUCCCAGCUACUCCAAAUGAUAUUUUUUAA